GCAUUGUUGCUCGUCGCACAGGUCGCAGCGCAGCGGUUCUAUAACACAAUUCCUCAGAAAUGCAAAAUUUGCCUUAAAUGUAUUCCAUUUGUGAUUAGAUUACAAAAAAAGAUUCAAUUUUAAAAAUACCUGCUGUAUUCAGAAUUCGGGUGAACAGUGUACAGUGCAUAGAUGGGUCUUUUGUUCAAAAACAUCGGGUUUCGGGUAGCCAUUGAAUGAUAAAGUUUUGUUAACAUUUAACAUUUUACUUUUGAUGAAUAAGUUUUUUUGGAAUCAAAGGAAUCGAACGAAUCGUUGACGAUACAUAUAUUUUUCCCGUGCAAAUGGAAGUGUUAUAUUUUUUAAGGGUGUAAACUCUCGAAAACCAAAACCCUGCCCUACGUUUCGUUCCGAAUACCUUCAAUACUUUACUUGAUAGUGCGUGCGUUUAAGCAUCAGCAACGAGCACAGCAGCGGUGUUGUAUGUAUCUAGCACUCGUUUUCGUUUAUUGGAUUGUUUUUGUUGGAUGGUUGGAAUUUUUGGGAUAAAUUGAAUAUUCGAGUUAUAAUUCCCUAUUCUGAUUCUGAGAGCCGUAGCUAGAUACUUGUGUAAAUUCUCUAAUAUUAGGAGCUAAGUUAAUUUUGUGUUCGGUUUCGGUAUCCCAAAAUCGCACAUCUGGAGUUUGGCUUUGGUGGAGAUGACGGGAGUGUAAACAGUGUACUGUGAAAACGAAAAACCUAAAAGCUAAAGCACCUUUAGCCAUAAUUUUUCUUCUUCUUGCCACAGCAAAAAAUAUCAAAAAUACAACAAAAUAAAAAUUAAAUAAAUUAUACAUUAUAAGCUGCAUCUCGCUCCAACAAUCGGGUUGUUUUGUACAUCUCUCGCUCUAUCCAAGUGUCAUUAUAGUGCUGAGGCUGACGGCUGAAGAAAACGAAAACGAGUAUUUUAAUAUUUACCUUGUCGAAGUGAGCAAGUGAGCUGGUGCUGCUGAAGCUCAACGAUAAAGCUGGCUGGUUGUAUUUGCCGCCGCCGCAGCCGUCUUCGCCGCCACCACCGUCUUCGUCAUAGUCUUUAUUCGGGGGAGAGCCUUUUGCUUUAAAAAGCUUUCAUGAUUCGUUUCAUUUGGUCUUCGAGUGUGAUUUGAAAUUGCUGCGAUUGCGAGCAGAGUCAGAGCAGAGCGUAUAAAAGUUUCCCAAUAUUUUUCUAAAAUGUGUUAUACGAGAGCGAAAGUUACCAAAAUGUAAAGAAGAAUUCAAUCAAAAGAAAUAAACAAUUGGAUAAAGAAAUUCAUCAAAUAUGGAUUGUAUUUUAAAAGCAUUAAUGACCCGAGGUCAUGUGUUUUUCGACGUUCGCCAGAAACCAGUUAGUGCAAAGAUAUGUGCACAAUUCGUUUGAAUUGAAAUUUUCCAAACUUUACAUCCAACAACAAUCGGAGACAAUAAACAUUAAUUUAUUAUACCGAAAACGGGGCUGACUAUUUUUAAGUUUUCAUUGAGUGCCAUCAAAUCAAAAGAAAUAAAGAAAACGGGAAUAGUAAAAAUAUCUACACAAUGUGGACUUCAGGAACAUGCGUGACGACAGGUCCUGUCGUAGUAAGCCAGACUUUGCAGGAUGGAGAAAAAUUUGUCAGAUGGGAAGAGGAUGCCGUAACUGGAGUAGCAAUUACCGGGCGUAUCGAUCCGAAGGGUUUCUUCAUGUAUUGGAACGAUCAGAGGGAUGAAAAGGAUUUAUUGGAUAUUGCUACAAUUCGAGAUGUCCGAACCGGUAUAUACGCGAGGAAAGCAAAGGAUCCUAAACUCCGACAGCUUUUGAAUAUGGGAUCUAUGGAAGAUACUCUGGAGGAAAAAACAAUAACUGUCAUACAAGGCUCUGAUUUUGUGAAUCUUACUGUUAUUAAUUUUUCUUGUAUUAACAAAGAAAUUGCUCAGUAUUGGUCCUACGAGCUCAUGAAGCUAGCCUAUAGUUUAUCACAGAUAAAUGGAUCCUCGAAUAUGUUCCUUCAAAAGGCUCAUACAAAAUUGUGUUUGCAAGCGGUCAGAGAUAAAAUGAUUCCAGUUAAAAAUAUCAUUAAAAUCUUCACUCAAAACAAAGAGGAUAGAAAACGUGUUGAGAAGGCUUUAGAUGUUUCCGGUCUGCCAUCAGGCAAAAUAGAUAGCUUGCCCCUGUCAAAAUUCCAGUUUGAAGACUUUUACAAUCUUUACAAAAAUCUUACACAACGGACUGAAGUUGAGAAGAUUUUCGAUGGAAUUGUAGGUAACUCGAAAAGACGUUGCAUGACAAUUUCACAACUGGUAGAGUUUUUAAAUAAGACUCAACGAGAUCCUAGGCUGAAUGAAAUACUCUAUCCUUAUGCGAAUACGGCACGAGCAAAGGAAAUAAUAACGGAAUACGAGCCAAAUAAAUUUAAUUCUCAAAAAGGACUUUUAAGUUCGGAUGGAUUCUUAAGGUAUUUAAUGUCGAGUGAUAACCCAAUAAUGGCUCCAAAUAAACUCGAUUUAUGCGAUGACAUGGAUCAACCCCUGUCGCAUUAUUUUAUUAAUUCGUCUCACAAUACUUACUUGACUGGCCAUCAGAUUACUGGAAAGUCUUCUGUAGAGAUCUAUCGACAGUGUCUUCUAGCCGGAUGCAGAUGUGUCGAAUUGGAUUUUUGGAAUGGACGAACAGAAGAACCCGUUAUUGUUCAUGGAUAUACAUUUGUUCCUGAGAUUUUUGCCAAGGAUGUGCUCGAAGCAAUCGCAGAGAGCGCAUUUAAAACUUCAGAAUUUCCUGUGAUAUUAAGUUUUGAGAACCACUGUAAUCCACGGCAACAAGCUAAGAUUGCUAACUAUUGUCGAGAUAUUUUUGGAGACAUGUUGCUAGAUAAGCCACUUGAUUCGCAUCCAUUGGAAACAAACUCAGAGCUACCGCCACCCUCGCUGUUGAGAAGAAAAAUUAUUAUCAAAAAUAAAAAGAAGCACCAUCACCAUCAUCAUCACAAAAGUAAGGGAAACACUCAUUCUCAAGCUAAAUUGACGACAGCUAAUUCAGUUGAUGCCAGCAAAAUGCCAACCAUAGCUCCAAUCCAGCAACAAGUUUCCAUUCAAGAAGAUGGAGUUACUUCCGUACAACCAGGCGAAAGAGGAACGCUGACAACGACACAGUCAACUGGAAACAGUGAUAUUGGAAGUCAUGCACCACCGUUGCAGCAAAUUCGUCAGAGCUCAAAAGAUAGUACUGGCUCUUCGGACACGGACAGUUCCAGCGAUGAUGAAUCACUUCCGAAUACUACGCCAAAUCCACCGAUAGGCAAUGAGCUUCCUCCCGAAAAAGCACAAAGAGAAACCGAAGCCGGAGCAGAAAUAUCGGCUCUAGUGAACUAUGUUCAACCGGUUCAUUUUAGCUCUUUUGAAAACGCAGAAAAAAAGAAUCGAUGUUACGAAAUGUCGUCUUUUGAUGAAAAGCAAGCAACAACUCUGUUGAAAGAACGUCCGAUAGAGUUUGUGAAUUAUAAUAAGCACCAGCUGUCUAGGGUUUAUCCAGCUGGAACUCGUUUUGAUAGUUCGAACUUUAUGCCUCAGCUCUUUUGGAAUGCCGGUUGUCAGCUUGUGGCACUAAAUUUCCAAUCGCUCGACUUAGCAAUGCAAUUGAAUUUAGGAAUUUUCGAAUAUAACGACCGGACGGGUUACUUACUAAAGCCUGAAUUUAUGCGUCGAACAGAUAGACGCCUGGAUCCUUUUGCUGAAAGUACUGUUGAUGGAAUUAUUGCAGGAACAGUAUCUAUCACUGUGCUUUCUGGACAAUUUUUAACUGAUAAAAGAGUAGGAACUUACGUGGAAGUCGAUAUGUUUGGUCUGCCAGCAGACACAGUUCGUAAAAAGUUCAGAACAAAAAUUGUUCGUGACAACGGCAUCAAUCCAGUAUUUGGCGAAGACCCUUUCGUUUUUAAAAAGGUCGUCUUACCAGAACUAGCAAGCAUACGAAUAGCUGCAUUCGAAGAAGGUGGCAAAUUUAUUGGUCACCGAGUUCUUCCUGUCAUCGGUUUGUGUCCUGGCUAUCGGCAUGUUAAUCUGCGUUCUGAAAUGGGCCAACCAAUGGGUCUGGCCUCCUUGUUCCUUUGCAUAAUCGUCAAAGACUAUGUCCCAGAUGAUCUAUCUAACUUUGCAGAAGCCUUAGCAAAUCCCAUAAAAUACCAAAGUGAGCUCGAGAAGAGAGACAAACAAUUGGCAGUGCUAACGGAAGACACAGAACCAGUUCCAGAAGACGACAUAACAAAUUCAUACGUUUUUGUACAAGUAGGUCAGAAAAAAGAGCUCCGACCCGUGGAAUCGAUAACGACGAGUCCAAAGCAUCGAACAAGCAUAACUGCUGCAACCUCAAUGAGUGUUGAGGUUUCAUCGGAUUUCGAUGCAGAAAGUACUUCAACGACAAUUCAUUUGAUUCAGCAUCAACAUUCCCUGGAUCAAGGAACAAACACUUCGAUCCGACAAGUAGAGUCAGCACAGUUCGAUGUGGAUACAGUUGUUGCGGAACCGCUUGAAAAAAUCCUCGAUCAUAAGCUAGUUCGUGAGAAACGACUUGAAAUGGAGAAAAAAUUAGAAUCUCUGCGAAAGAAGCACGACAAGGAGAAGGUUAAGAUUGUCUCCCAAAAGCACAGUCCCCUAGACGGAAACAAGAAACCCAAAUUCUCAAUGACAAAUAAAUUGGUCAAACGACUGAGUAGCAAGAGUCUAAGUUGUCUCUCUUCCAGCGAUCCUAGUAUUGAGGUUCCUCCAUGCCUGCUCGAUUCAAGUUUGGCAGGUGAAAGUGGUGGCGAGGAAAAUACUACCGAUGGAGAAAAGACUGGUAUCGCGAGGAGUCAAUCCGAGCGGUUGUUGAUUUCUUGCCGAGAACACUCAGCAAUUUAUCGAGAUAUUCAGGAAAAAUACCACGAGUGUAUCUACGCAACGGCCGAGAAAGUAAUGAAAGCCUCACAAGCUAACCAAAUGAAGCAACUUAAGACUUCCUUAGAUAAGGUUACUAGUGAGGUGAUGCACCAGUUGCAAGAGGCCCGUCGUAAUGAGGUUAAGAAUUUAGCAACUGUUCAUAGGGAUAGAGAUGAAUUAGUAAGAAUGAAGAGGGAAGUCGCUAGUUCCGUCGUGGAAAGAGGUGUCGCGGAACGUGUUCGUUUAAAGAAAAACUAUGAUAAGCGCACAGACGAGCUCCAGAAGCAACACGAUAUAGUUAAAAACGCCCUUGCCGAACAUAAAGCAAAAGCCCGUCUCAUCCUAGAAAAAGAAGUAGAUUCGCGUUCCUGCAUUUCGAACUUAGGUUUCCUGGUUCUUUUUCACAAUACCUCAAGCAGCUCCUUUGCAAACAAUAUACCUGCGUUAGACGGUGCAUCAGGAACCACUUCUACCGCCAACAAUACUUCUCUCCUUUUGGAGAUGUAAGAACUGUGAUGAUGAAAAAAAGAAAAAAAAUAACACCUCGUCACUUAAUAUUAGCAAUUUUAACAUUAUUGUGAACAAAACAGUAUUUUCUACUCUCGAUAACAAUAUAUAAAGAAAUCUCAAAAUCAAAGUAAUUAAAUAAUAGAUUUUAAGCUACAUGCACAUGCAGACAUAAAACAAAAUAUUAUUAAACUAUUAGUUCCAUGUGAGUCACUUUGAAUGGCUUGAUUUAAAUAAAAAAUAAAUAAAAA